GCAAAAGUUGUAAAUAAAAGGCUUACAGUUCUAAUUUCUUCGACGUCUCCUGCCACGUACAGAUUUUGUCACGUACAAAGAAGUACAGGAUGUGAAAAUUGCUAAACCCCGAGCCCACGAGUAGCUGCUUAAACCUCGAGAAUCCGUUCGGAGUCCAGAUGUUCAGCGGACACAGCCUUAUACAGAAGCUAAGAGGCCGGGUUAGAAGCGCGUGGCUUUGGCCAUUCCAAUGGCGAAGCGGUUUCGUCAAUGGAAUUCUCCUGUUUUCGGUUGACAGUCAGGCAUUUAAAAGGAACGACACUUUGAUGCGAGGAGGGUGCUGUUUUCAGCUCGAACUUUCAAUGCUGAUGAGGUGAUUCGUGCUCUGUACUCUGCGCGCGGCAGGCAAUGAAUGUAUGAUCGAACUGACUUUGUGGUGAAUUUUUGAGAAAUCAGACUUAGCUGCAUCUGCGCCUUGGGAAUCGAUGAGAACGUUGUUGAGGGAAGUUUUUGAGCACCUCCAUCAGUCUUCGAUGAGGGAGUGGAGUGAAUCUACAAGUGAUCGGUUCUGCGGGAUUAAGAGAUCCGUUGUACGAUGUUAAAUAUAGUUCAUUGACGAGUAUUAGAAUAUGCGCGGGCUGUCGAAUCCUCGCCCAGUUGCUUUUUCUCAUAUUUCAAUCUAAGUUGGACUUCAAAUUCCUAGUGAUGAUGGAUGAAAACGCUGGCAAAUGCGAUCUAGACGGCAGUCUCGUUGAGUCUACGCCCGAGUCUGUCCAGUACUGGCCAUAUCUAAGCUUUGAGUACUUUCCGAAACGCCAGUAUCAUAUUCACCAUGAGUUCAAGAACCCUUCUGGGAAACAGAAGACAGUAGAAAACAACUUCUUCAAGGGACUGAAAUGGUCUCCAGAUGGCUCGUGCUUUUUGACGAGUAGCGAAAAUAAUAGCCUUCACAUUUUCGACCUGCCCAGUGAUGCAAUUGAAGACUGUCCGGAAGUUGAUAUGUCCUCCUGUGAAGAUUCCUUCAAGUCGUCUUUGAUGGUUCAGGAAGGGGAAGCUGUGUACGAUUUUUGCUGGUUUCCAGUCAUGGCGGCUUCUGAUACAAGUUCAUGUGUAUUUGCAACUUCAUCCCGAGACCAUCCAGUUCAUGUUUGGGAUGCGACUACCGGGAAACUACGUUGCACAUAUAGAGCGUAUGAUCAAAUGGAUGAAAUAACCGCUGCCUAUUCCAUUUCAUUUAAUCCUGCUGGAAGCAAGUUAUUUUGUGGUUACAACAAGACAAUCAGAAUAUUUGACACUUCACGUCCUGGUCGGGAAUUCACGCAACACUCUACUCUCACAUCUGCCAAAGACGGUCAAACAGGUAUCAUAUCUUGUCUAGCCUUCAAUGCUGUCAACGGAGGUCUACUGGCAGCUGGCUCGUACAAUCGCACAACUGCCCUGUAUGAUGAAAACAGCUUAGAGCUGCUUUUUGUUCUCCAUGGUCAGCAGGGUGGUGUCACACAGGUUAUGUUUUCCAAAGAUGGAAACUUCCUUUACAGUGGAGCUCGCAAGGAUCCUGAAAUUCUUUGCUGGGAUAUACGCAAUACAGCAGGUGUACUGUACAGACUACCACGCGUGACAGCAGACACGAAUCAGCGAGUAGCAUUCGACAUCGAGCCAUUUGGUCGUCAUUUGGGAACGGGCGGACAGGAUGGACUCGUGCACUUUUAUGACCUGCAAACUGGAGAUUGGGUGAAUAGCUUCCAGGCUGCUUUAGACACGGUGAACAGUUUCUGCUUCCACCCAUCUUUGCCACUAGCCGCUUCUGCAUCAGGACAUCGACGGUUUGUCGUGGACACAGAACCUGACAGUGAUGAUCAAGGAUAUACUGUUCUUCUUAAAGAGGAAGAGAACUGUGCAUCCGUGUGGCGAUUCCCAUGCACCUGGGUGAAUUCACAGGAACAAUCUACUACCGCAACUCAUGGGGACGAAUGCGACUAUACAGUAACUGAAGCAUUGAAUGAUAAUACCUUGACCUGAGUAUCAUCCUGAAAGGUUUUCAUUUUGUGGCCCUUACUAGGUUGCCACUCCUUGCGAGGACUAGCACGAAGUGAGGUGUGUAUUGACUAAGUUGAAGUGUAGGUCUGAGCAUAGCCUCCGCAUGUUUCACUGUGGACCUCGAAGGGUUAUAAGCUGUAGCAAGACGGUUUUGAAAGUGAGGGUUCUACUAAUUAGAGCAGAAAUAGAACUCAAUGCUUGUUUUGCCACAUGUACGUACAGACCUUCAGAUUAGGUUAAACUUUUGGCCUGCAAAGGUCCGGCAACUCAAUUUCAGUUGUAUAGUUUUUCCCAUGUAAUCACAGAAUCCCCUUUCGUC